AUUCUUUGCUGUUACUUUUCUCAUAUCAUAAACGCACACGUAUCUUGCCCUUUUCGAUAACACACUGUAUUUACAACCUAAACACUAAACAUAAACAAGCGAGUAACGUCGAGAGUCGGCGUUCGCGCAUUCAUAAACAUCACAGCUCAUGGGCGUUUACAUCUCUUUUUUACAAGCGUCGUUUUCGCCCUGACUCUUUGUGUGUCCGUAAAACUAUCAGUGCUAAUCGAGAGAGUCUCAGUAGUGAUAUAUAAGUACUUACUUGUGUGAUGGGAAUCAAGAUAAAAAACACGUCUGCGAUUUUUGACUCUGUGUGUUUACCGGACGAUUUCCUUUGUUCUCCCGAAGCUUUUUUGUAUAAUAAUCAACAAUGAUGUCUCUCCCCUGUUCACUGCUGGUCGAUCACAGCUCGACUCACCCUGACAGAUUCGUUGCACUGAUGUCAGCUACAAAGAUUCAGGAAUUGAAUCUCGAGAAGAAUUCCACUGUGCAAAUUACUGGAAGAGACUCAAAGAUGGUUUUCUGUACCUUAAAAGAGUCCAUCCAAUGCAGUGACAAAAAAAUCCUUCUAAACAAAUUGAUGAGGCACAAUUUGGGAGUGCUAGUAAACGAUCCUGUCAUGGUAGGCCCCUGCUGUAACUUGCAGUAUGCCGCACAAAUUGAUAUUGCAGUAAAUUACACUGAUGCGUUAAAGGGACUCAACAGAAACAUCUGUAAAGUACUAGUCAACGAGUACUUUGCAGGGAAACGUAUAAUACUUUGCGAAGGAAAUAAGUUUAUUGUACGCAAGGGUAUGAAAGCCGUGGAAUUUGUCGUUGUAAGAACAGACCCUACCCGUCCCUAUUGCUUAGUUGACACAACAAAAGUCAGCAAAGUUAAUUACCUAACAGAUGUUGCAAGAUAUAAGCCAGAAGAAAAAAGACUGAGCCAUAUCUCUUAUGAAGACAUCGGUGGGUAUGUCCAACAACUUCAGCAACUAAGGGAACUAGAAUUUCCACUCAGGCUUCCCUCGCUGUUCAAGCAAUUGAAAGUGGCCAAUCCUCAUGUCAUUAUGCAUGGACCACAAGGGGUUGGAAAGCUACUAUUAGCUAAAGCUUAUGCCACUGAAACCAAUGCUCAUUUUGUACUGCUUAAUGAAUCAAUGAUUAAAGAUGUUCCUAUUGAUAUAAAAAUCGUCAGAAUACGGUCAAAACUGGAGGAAGCUAAGAAGAAUUCUCCCUCAGUAGUUUGUUUCGAUGGUCUUCAUGAGAUUGCUCCUAAAACGAUGAUUGACCCUAAUCAACAUAAAUUCCUCAUAAAAGAAUUAGUAAAAAUGCUAAAGCAAAUGGAACAAGACAAGAGCUGUAUUGUAAUUCUAAUAGGCAUCACGCAUUUAUUAUCCCAAGUUAACACUGGAGUUCUGCAUCACUUUUACAGCAUCAAAAAUGACAAGUAUAUUACUUUUGAAUAUCCAAAUUUUUCUGAUCGCUAUGAAAUUCUAAAAAUUCAUACCAGGGACUUGACGCUGUCCAGCAACUUCGAUUUUAAUCACCUGGCUGCCGGUACCGAAAAUUACACUGGUGAACGCUUGGCGGCCUUAUGUAAAAAGGUAGCAUGGAGAGUGUAUAAAAACAAGCACGAGGAUUCGAUUGGUGUUGAAGAUGAAGUCAGCGAGGUUGAGUCAUUCAUGAAUAAAGUUAUAACGCUAGCGGAUUUCCAGGAUAUCCUCCACGAAAUGUCAUGACUCUCAGGAAGAUGACUUACUAUACUCAUAAGCUUUCCUCUUUUUUUUUGUAAAUAGUUCACUAUACGUAUGUGUAUAACACAUAAUCUAGCAUCCUAAUUUUUGAAUGUAUAGUUUAAUCAAAGUAUGUACAUGUAAGUGUGUUCAUAGUUUCAUACUGCAUACGAUUAGUCUUGGUAAUUUAACAGCGUUCAACGUUUGCGUUUCAGCCAAAUAAAGGCAAAUUUAUUUUCUCAAAA